GUCUCAAUGUGCUUAUUUUCUAGAAACUAACUUUCUAGAACUCGAAACACUCAUAGCCUCAAUCGAUCAAUACGUUUAAUUAUUGACAGUUGCAUUUCGACAGGUACUUUUAGGGGACAUUUUCUUUUGGGGUCGGAUGAAUAAUAGAAUGAUGUCGGCAGAACUGCAAGCACCCGAUGCCAUUUUUGACGUAAUUAAGAACCUCUUGUUAAAUUUUUAUUAAGGGACUUGAAUGACUGACUUGCACCGACAAAACUGUUUAAUGUUUAACACGAGGUGCUAUUUGCAGGAGAUCUGAGGCGAAACCACGAAAGACGGAUGCCGAACAGAGGGAUGAUGCCAGGAGACGGAGGAGAGUGGAGCGCUUGAUGGCAAAGAAGACCAGUCAGAAGGUUUCCUGAGGAAAUUUUCCAUGUACUGCUCCCAAGUACUGUGAGAGGGGCGAGCGUUUAGGGAGCACCGCAGUGGGAAUAUCGGAGCUGGGAAGCGUGGCCGCAGGGAGAGGGCAGCAGAGGCUUGAGCUCACAGCAGCAGCAGGAGGAAGAGGGGGAAGCUCCAGCUCCAACUCCCAGUCAGGACGGGUGUAGCCCCGCACCAGCACCAGCACCAGCACCAGCAGCAGCACCAGCAGCAGAACCAGCAGCGGCAGCAGCAGCAGCAGCAGCAGCAGCAGCAGCAGCGGCAGGAGCAGCAGAAGCGGCAUGGCCAUGAUGGAGACAGAGCUGACGGAGCAGCUGUGGGGGGACUCAGGCGGAGCAGGUGUCAUCUUUGUGUCAAGGGUGCAGCACCUGGAGCUCAGCUUUGCAUGCAGAAAUCUGGUGUGUGUGGCCAGGGACAGGAAGCCCAACGCGCUGGUGCAGGUGGCUGCUCUGGACGUGUGUGAGCAGAACCUGCUGGCCUUCAGCAGCACAGAGAUCGUCCAGGGAACAAGAGACCCUCUGUUCGUGACAGGGGUGACGUUCCCGCCACAGUGUCCCAUCUUGGAGGAGACCGUCAUCAAAGUCAGUGUCUACGAUGUGAAGGACAAAUCUGCUAACGUUGUGAGUAGGCUUCACCUUGGGGAACUGGGGAACUGGGCAAUCAAUGACGUGCCAUUCUGGGUUGACCAGUAUGGCUGAAAGAGUCUUUACUUUCCUCAUCAACAAUUCCACUGGUCCUUUUGAACAAAUUACCAGUUA